AUGUUACCUCCAUACAUGACUCACUGUGGAGUUAUGAUCGCACAGAACAGGUUCAUUAAAAAAAUGAAAAGCGAUCUCACUGAUGAAGAGUGCAUAAUUCACUGCGAUUUUAGUGAAAAUUACAGCACAAAGUACGGUAUUAUAACGAAAACUAUUAACGAUUCCGGUAUUUAUGAAAAAGAUUUGUUGAUUCCAUCCGAUCUCAAGCAAUUUGCAGGGACUAUGAAAGUUCAUCAGGCAGUGUGGAACGCCAAUGAGCCCAACCAACUAUCAAUGAGAAAAAUGAGUUGCGCCGAAGGUGAAUGUAAAAAUAAUUCAGUGUUGUGUGAACAAUGGUAUCAUGUAGGAUUAUACAUCAUAGGCGAGCAAACUAACCGACUGCUGACUGAUAGAACCAACAAAAACAAGAGUGACAAGAUCGAUCUGAUCAAAAAGUCAAGUCAAGCCCUAAAGUGUAGCGGAGUCGGUGCAGCAAAAUCUAAAAAACUUCAAAUUUUAUCUAAUAUUUUGAUUCAACCUGGAAGUAGCUAUCAUGUUGAUCUUGCUGACGAAUGCUCCGAAACCAAGCAGCGCUUGUCGCAUACCUUAACAUCCGACAUUGGAUUGCAUGAAAGUGACAGCUUCUGGACGCGUGUGUCGACAGAUUGUGAAAAUAUUGCUCGGGCAGUAAUGAAUGAAGUAUUCUCCAAAAUUGUAGAUUCUAAAGAAAGCAGUGACGAGGAAUAUAACAUUUUUUAA